GCUAGUUCUCUUAGUGCAAAGUUUGAUUUAGCGUGGCUCUCUUCAUUGAAGUGAAUGUAUUGUGGAAAGCUCAGGAUACCUAACGAGAUUGAUAGGGAAACUGAAAAGGGCAUUACUCGUGCUGAUAUUCUGCAGCAAAGCACAUCCGUUGCUUCAGGCCUAGCUAAUGUAGGAGUGACUGCGGGAGAUUAUGUUAUAUUGUGUUGUGAUAAGAACAUACUAUCUUACACACUUCUUCUAGGAACUAUGUUCACAGGGGCCACAGCUGUCUUGGCUCCCAUUCCACAUGCUGAUACGUUGGACGAACUUACAUGUGGAUUUAAAAUAAAAGGGGUGUUCUGCGAUUCUAAAUAUCUAAGUUCUGUGAAGAAGUCGGUAAAUAACUUUAAAUAUCAACCUUAUUUUCUACUUACGACAAAUACACAGGACUCAACAUUUAUGUCUAUUAUCAACUGCAAGAAGAAGUUCCGCAUAUAUGAAGUAAAGGAUGUAAAAUCACACGUACCUUUGAUUUUGUUCUCGAGUGGUACCACUGGGGUCCCCAAAGGGAUUCAAAUUUCUGACAUUGGAAUUCAGCUAAGUGGAUCAUAUUUCAGUGAUAACAAAAGGCCGAAGUCAUUGUUGGUUGCCACUCCUCUGUUUUGGUUCAGUGCUAUUGCUACCUUUAUUUCCUCGAUCUUCACUCAUUGCUUGCUUUAUUUAAGUGAUUCCAAAGAUGUGAAAGAGAAUCUUGAGUUUAUUGAGAAAAUGAAGGUGGAAACCUGGUUUUACAGGGACGGGAACGAUGCCUUCAUACAUUAACGAGCCUUCAGUGAAUCUUUAUGACUUGACUUCACUUAAAAAGGUGUUUGCGGGUGGAGAGGUGGUGUU